AUGGAUGAUUCAAAACCAGUCGAUCAGAGAUUUACGAAAGCGUUGCCGAAGAUCGAGCUUCAUGCUCAUCUCAGCGGGAGCAUCAGUCGCCAAUGCCUCCAUGAAAUUUGGAAACGGAAAAAGGAGCAGAACCCCGCUUUCGAUGUGGAGGAUCCACUGGUGCUAAUGCCUCCGGGCAAGGUCAAUUAUACACUGGAAACGUUCUUCUCAACAUUUUCCAAGUUGACAUACCAGCUCUGCAACGACCUAGAAAGCUUGGUAUAUGCGACCAGUUCAGUUCUUGAAGACUUUCUCGACGAUGGAGUUGUGUACCUCGAAUUAAGGACCAUACCGAGAGCAUCUCCCGGCAUUACUCGAGAACAAUACAUCAACUCAGUCUUGGAUACAAUCGAGAAAUUCCGAAGCAAAAAUAAACGAAUGUCAGUGUUUUUAAUUCUAGCCAUCGAUCGGGGCAGCAUGACAGCAAUAGAGGCGGAUGAGAUCGUCAAUCUUGCGAUCGAACAUAAAUCGCGCGGGGUGGUGGGGGUGGAUAUCUGCGGCAACCCAACCAAAGGCGAUGUCAGCAUCUACAAAGAACCAUUUGUCAAAGCCAAAGCCAAUGGCCUAGGAAUCACCGUUCAUUUUGCCGAAACAACAGAAUCGGCUUCUGUGAGCGAACUUUCGACCCUUCUUUCUUUCCAGCCUGAUCGACUGGGUCAUGUCAUCCAUGUGCCUGAUGAGAUCAAGAAGGAGAUUGCGCGGCGUAAGCUCAGUCUCGAACUUUGCAUUUCUUGCAAUGUCCACGCGAAGAUGAUUAAUGGAGGGUUCUUGGAUCAUCAUUUCGGUUAUUGGCGAUACGAGGAUUGCCCCAUCGCGCUAUGUACCGAUGAUGUAGGAUUUUUCUGUAGCCCCGUCUCGAAUGAGUACUUGUUGGCGGCACAACACUUCGGCUUGAGUCGUACUGAUCUCUUGGACAUGUGCAUUAAGUCUACAGAUGCUAUUUUUGCUAGUGAGUACUACAAAGGGAUAGUCCAAGGCAUGCUGGAAGGAUUUGCUCGGAUUGAGUCUGCAUGA